UCACUUAUAAAUAAUUUACGCCAUUCGUCGAAGUGAGACUGAAAACCAAAUCAUGAAUGCACUAAGGCAUCACUACACUCCGGAUAACAUCUGAUCCUCUGGCGGCUAUCGCUAUCUAGAUUUAAUUAACCACGUUAUCAAGUCUUUGCACACGUAUAAGCAUUGUAACUCUGAGCGCGUUCUAUUCAAACUGGGAGGUAUUUAGGGAUUGUGUUCCACAGCGCGCGCAAGAUGCACUGACCAGACAGAAGACGAUCUACGAAGUCACCACCGCAGCUAUUAAAGCGCAACGGAGAUACAAAGCAAACAGCAAAAGCUUGCGGUAAGCCAUGGGAAAGUUUUCUCCCACAAUUGCACCCACGACAGACAAACAGCUACCAACAAGGCGUCGAAAGGGAAGUUCAGACACACCGUCUGCCAACGCGCUUCGCGAGAGGGUCCGAGCGCAGAAUAUGAAGAGGGCGUACUUGAAACUACAGAAAACGCUGCCUCAAGUUCCACCUGAUACUAAGCUACCGAGGCUUAAUAUCCUGUUAAUGGCGAUCGACUACAUCUCUCAUCUUCGCGAUGUGCUGCAUAACGAUACGUGCGCAGCUGAAGAAAACACUUCCCCGCACAAGGUGGAGGAGAAAUGUGGCAUGUUCCGUCCUUUCAUUGAGAAGUGGCCAAUCAGAUGCCAGCUGUUGUCAGACUUUUUGAGACCUCAACUUGACGAAUCACAAACAAGACGUCAAAUAGCCGUCAAAGAGAAGUGAGCUGACUGAAAAACAAUUUUGCAUUGCUGCAAAGUUUGCCUUUCGACGAAAUUACAAGUCGUUUUAAUUUAUUCUCGAGCCAGAGCUUGAACACAGCUGUUUUCCACGUUUAUGUUUUGUUCCUCCAACUCAACGUAAAAUUGAAGUUUUUUUUUUUUGUCUCAACGAAGGAGAUGAAUGGCGGGAACGUUUUUAAUUGAUUUUUUUUUUUUUUUAAAAAAAAAGAAAAAAAAAGACCUUUUCAAUUAAAAAAUUCGGUUUUCAAAGUUUUGCGACCCUGGAACUUCUCAUGACAGUAACUUGUUUGUUUUCGAGAGUCGUUUGUACAUUUACGCGAAAUAGUCGUUUCUUAACGGCUCAGAUUUUCUUUCUCAGUCACAAUAUAAAAACUCAACCCUUGUCCUCUCUCAGUUUCUUCUGCAAAACAUACGGCCGGUUUGUUUUCACCUAUAAGUAUUUAUUUUCCGAAAAAAAAAAGGAAUUUUCUUCAGUCACCUUUCCUGGGAUCAUGAACGAGGGUCUGUGUAACUUUGAAAACCGGCGAUAUCCCUACAAAAAACUUUACAUCAGUUUCUCAAGUAAACAUAAGCAGUGAUGGGCUCCUGUCGUAAGUCAAUACCUAUCUUCCUCAAAUGUGCUGAGCAUUGCUGACGUCAAACAUUUUCAAAUUAUGAUUUGCUAAAUAUGAAUUGACCUUGCAGACUUGGAGAGCAGAGCCUAAGUCGCUAAAAAUUAAAUCACCCUUAGUGCAUCUAAGAAAUUCACCUACAUAGGAUGUGCCACAUUUUUAAAAGGAUCAAGCAAGAGCAAAUCAGGCAAUUGUAGUAACUGAGGCAUUUCAAAGAUGAAACGAAAAUACAAAAAGCCACUUACGAGAAGAGCUUGGCCUGUAACGACACCUCUCUUUCUCUUCCCCUUAUUCCAUGGGCUCAUAGCACAUCCAGAUAGAGAGCGCCCUGUGUACGAGUUACGUAGGUGACAUUUCUCUCCGGAGGUUUGACUCAUAAGUAAAAAACAUAGAUGGAUUCCGACUUCAUCAGAAUCGAGUUAUAUAUGAUUAAUUAGUCAAAUAACGUAUAUAGAUCAUUCGCAAUUAUUAAAAUAAAAGACGAUAAAACCAAUUUGAUUA